AUGCCGACCGAACUCGAAGAGCUGGUGGAAUUCCUGCACCAUGGCAACACCCAAAUCAGACAAAUCGCUUGUGAAAACCUCGUCGGUUUCUCUACGGCUCAGCCUGAAUUGUUCAAGCGCCAUCAACUCCUACCCGUCCGCGAUCUGAAGCUCCUGGUUCGCGAUUACAUUCCAAUUGCGAAGAAUGCAUUGACGAUCCUGAUCAACUUGUCUAGCGAUGAAGAGGUAUUGAAACUUCUUGCUGAGGAUGAGUUCGUUGAGGACUUGCUUGCGAAAUUGACAAAUGUCAAGGAGCCCAACGCCGAUGAAGUGGCCAUGCUUUUGGCCAAUGUCGUCAAAAGCGAAAACCUACAGAAACUGCUCACCCUCAAGCGAAAAGCCCCCGAAACCGUAUCUACCUCCGAGAAUGCGAUCGACCAGCUGAUGGACUGCUUCGUGAAGGGUGCCGAGGGUGCUCUCAAUAAGCACGCCAACUUUGAUUACCUAUCAUACGUGUUUGCCGACCUGUCCCAGACGGAAAAGGGCAGGGCUUAUUUCACCCAACGCCAGGAUUACGAUGAGGUAGUCCCCAUCACCAAGCUGACGGUCUUCACGGAGCACAAGAGCGAUAUUCGGAGGAAGGGUAUUGCAUCCACAAUCAAGAACGUGGCUUUCGAAGUCGAUUCGCAUCCAAUGCUCUUCGACGAGGACGGAGCCAACCUUCUGCCUUACCUGUUGCUCCCCCUUGCAGGUCCAGAGGAGCUGUCGGAUGAGGAUACUGCGGACAUGCUGCCAGAUCUUCAGCUGUUGCCGCCCGAUAAGCAACGAGACAGCGACCCCACCAUCAUCACGACCCAUCUCGAAACCUUGCUUCUCUUGACCACAACUCGGGAGGGCCGGGAGAAGAUGCGAGCAGUCAAGGUCUACCCUUUGAUCCGCGAAACUCACAUGCAUGUUGAAGAUGAGAAUGUGACAGAGGCAUGCGACCGGUUAGUGCAGGUCCUGAUGCGAGACGAAGAAGUAUUUCAUUAUCCCCACACCAUCACGUCGACCAAUAUUCCACUGCGGACGCGGAAGCUGUCUUGUCCCUCGACCCCGAGGCGCAAGUGGCUUCCCGCUGAAUCGGAUCAAACUGAUUCCAAUUUCGAUGAUUGUGCGAGCGACAAUGGAAACUACCCCGAAAUCGACAAUCUACCAUCCGACGUGAACCCCGACACAGGGAUUGUUCAGCGCUUUCGGGCCUUCAUGUCUCGCGCCCCUCUUCUUCCCUCGACGCCCGCCCUGGGUGCUUCCUCUUACGGAGCAUUGCGAAGUCCAGACGACUCCGAAGAAGAUAUUUCCGUUUCGCGUCGUCGGAACGUUCGUAGGAGUUUACAACGCGCGAGCUUCGAAAAUGGCAUUGGAAGCUCUUCCAACGUACCAGGGUCUACCCCGAGACGAUCACAUUCCUCUGUGAGGCGACGAAACAGUGUGUACGCAGAUAUAGCCAAUCGUCGGCCUUCAUCCGCCACGUCCGAUGUGGGAAUGGGUCCUGAUUCGAAAUACUCGUUUGCCACGGGAUUGGCCGUACCGGCUAACCCGGUGAUGCAGGAGACACCGGCGGCUUCUUCGCCAUAUAUGACAAGUGAUGAUGAAAAUGUCCUCGAUAUUGACGAUGAUGAUUCGAAAUCCUCGGGUGAGGAUCCCCCAGACAAUUCGCCGUAUGCCCAAGUACGAGCUUCGGUUCCGGCGACGGAUGAUAUUACUCUUUCUAUUAACACACCGCGGAUGUGGAUUCUCUCUUUGUUAUUCUCUUUGACGGGGUCCGCCGCCAAUCUUUUCUUUUCCUUGCGCUAUCCCAGUGUUGCCAUUACCCCAAUCAUUGCUCUUGUUCUAGUCCAUCCACUGGGCAAGUUUUGGGAUGUGCUUUUGAAACAAACAGGUGAUCCUCUCGAGAUUUUUGAGAACGGAUCCCUUCAUCACCGGGAAUCGCUCUCUGGUGAGAUCGAGGUGCCUCCUGUUCCAUUGGCGUCCCGAAUCAGACUUUGGUUUGCCCAGGGCCGGUGGAAUGAGAAGGAGCAUGCUUGCGUCUAUAUUAGCAGCAAUGUUUCUUUUGGAUUUGCUUUCGCGACUGAUGUUAUUGUCGAACAACACAAAUUUUACAAUCAGGAUGUUCCAAUUAUGUAUCAGCUAUUGCUCAUCAUAUCCACUCAGGUUUUGGGGUAUGCAUUCGCGGGUCUCACUCGACGAUUCCUCGUGCGGCCAUCGGCUAUGAUCUGGCCGGGAACCCUGAUGUCCACUGCAAUGUUUUCUACAAUGCACAAGUCUGUCAACAAAAAGGCAAACGGUUGGAGUAUCUCCCGAUAUAAAUUCUUCGUCGUUGUGUGGGCAGGAGCGUUUCUCUGGUAUUUCGUCCCAGGACUGCUGAUGCCUGCUCUAAGUUAUUUUAAUGUGAUCACUUGGUUGGCACCCAAAAACGUUGUGGUCUCGAACUUGUUUGGCGUUGCCUCUGGUCUCGGGAUGUUCCCCUUGACCUUCGAUUGGGCUCAAAUUGCCUAUAUUGGAUCCCCAUUACUCACGCCUUGGUGGGCCGCAGCUAACAUUGUGACGGGACUGGUGGUUGUCAUAUGGAUAGUCGCCCCAAUACUGUAUUAUAAAAAUGUUCUUUUCUCUGCAUAUAUGCCCAUAGUUUCAACAGCAGUGUUCGACAAUGCUGGGCGACCAUACGACGUUAGUCGAAUCUUGACCGCGGACUUUUUGUUUGAUGAAAAGGCCUAUCAAGAUUACUCCCCGGUUUAUCUCCCAAUCACCUAUGUGUUGUCCUAUGGUGUUCAGUUCGCUGCAUUGACAUCCCUUGUCACUCACACCAUUUGCUGGUAUGGGAAGGACAUCUGGCAGCAGACCAGAAAGGCUUUUGAGGAAAAACGAGAAGUGCCAGACAUGGAAACAUACCAGCCCCUUCGUCGAAGCAAUGAUAUGGUUCGACAGAGUUAUGACAUCCCAGGGAACAGCUCCCAUGAACCGAGCCAGGAAAUUCCGUUAGGAGGGGAUGAUGUUCAUUGUCGCUUGAUGAGGCGCUACAAGGAUGCUCCCCUCACGUGGUAUCUUCUCGUGUUCAUUUCCAUGCUCGCCACUGCCAUCUUCACGGUGGAAUACUCCGCACAAGGGAUCAAAUUUUCCUCGGACCUAAAACUUGGCCAUUACAUGAAGAUCCCACCACGGAUUCUGUUUGGCGUCCAGAUGAUGGCAACUUUGGUCUCGAGUCUGACUCAGAUUGGUGUGCUGAACUGGAUGUUCACUUUUGUCCCAGGUCUUUGCACCCCGGAGGCCAUCAAUGGUUUCAAUUGCCCCAUUGCCCGUGUCCAUUUCAACGGCAGUAUUCUCUGGGGAGUCGUUGGGCCCCAGCGCUUCUUUGGCCCAGGGGGGCUAUAUCGUCCGCUUGUCUGGGCCUUUUUAAUGGGAGCCGUGGCCCCUCUCGGAGCAUGGCUUCUGGGAAGACACAGCAAGAAAAGCUUCUGGCGUAUGGUCAACUUCCCUAUCUUGUUUGGCAGUCUGAGCUGGAUACCCCCUGCAACCGGGCUCAACUUUUCCAUCUGGGCCCUUGUAUGUUUCGUGUUUAAUUAUGUGAUUCGGCGAAGGAGGACCGCAUGGUGGGAAAAAUAUGCAAUGACCUUGUCAGCUGCAUUGGAUUCUGGGUUAGCAUUCGCAGUGGUCGUUGUCUUCUUCGCCUUCAUUUACCCAGGCUGGGUCGAUGGUUUCAAAUGGUGGGGAACGGAGAUCUAUAAACAAGGCUGUGAUUGGAUUGCUUGUCCAUACAAGCCACUAGAACCGGGUCAACGAUUCGAGCCUCCUGGCGCACAGACCACACAGACCGGGGAUCUUCCCGUGCCACGUGACCGUGUCAGCGGGACGGGUAAACAUUUGCUCCGUGGUCAACCGUCAUACCUGCGGGUCGCUGCUUCCAGCUCUUUCAAAGUGACCUUCCCAUCUCUCACUCUUUUUUUAACCUGUCCCCCCUUGUCGCAACACAAGACAGGCAAACGGUUACAGUCGUUCCAUAUUUCCACCACUGGCGCGAUCCGUCGCGUCGCCUUCUACCGCUCGUACAACUCUGCUUUGUACGUCGGCAACAUGUCGACUCCAACGAAUCCUUCGAAUGCUCGCACUCCAACCGGGCCAAAUGGUGCACCGCUUAUGAGGAUGCGUCGUCCAAAAGCAGCGGACCCUUUGGUUCGACCGAAGAGAAGGCCUGCCCCCAAACCAGCUGGCGCCACUCCUGGCCAUGGAACAGCCACCAAGACUCUUCCCUCACGGCCACAAACGUCUAACCCCCAGACGAUCUUUCCGUCCGAGCGACCUAUGCUUGAGCUUUCAAACAAUCACAUGUCUGCGAAUGGGUUCAGCGGCCCUUUGCUCAGUGAUAAAUACUUUGAUUAUCCGGUGGUGACGACAAAGCGAGCUCUGAUGGAGGGAUUGAAGCACCAUAUCGCGCGAUUUGCCUCGAAGAAAAGCGUCGACCCACGUGAUGAAUCACAAUUUACACGACCAGUUCGACUGCACCGCCGCGACCCGCGUUCACGAAAUCACGAUCCCAAUUCGGGACGGACCGAGAUCGAUGGCCAGCCGAUGGAUGAGGCUGAACGUGAAGCCUUUGAUGCCCGCAAGGCAGCACGUGAAAAAGAGCGAGCUGAGAACCUUUCCCAGAUCGCCCCCGCCCUCGGCUCAACCUCCAAACGACCAAAUGCCCCGAAGCAGAAGACGCAGCAGGUUUUCAAGUCGGAUAUGACCCCUGAAGAGAUUGCAAGAGCCCGGAUCAAGUACGAAGAGGCCUUGCCAUGGCAUCUGGAGGAUUUCGACAACCAGCACACCUGGGUUGGAAACUAUGAAGCAGCUCUGUCCGAAACACAUGCAGUCUUUAUCCUCGAUAACGGAAAGAUGCGAAUGAUCCCGGCCGAAAAGUGGUACAAGUUCAACGCUAAGAGCAACUUCAAGGCUUUGACCAUUGAUGAAGCAGAAAAAUUCAUGGCCAAGAGAGUGAAAGAUCCUCGAUGGUUUAUGGAAAAGCAGCAGCAGUUGGAGCAAGAAAAGGAAUUGGAAACAUACGCUAAGCAGCGCAAAGUCUACGCCGGAAAACAGGGCACGGCUACCAAGGGCGCAGGAUUGGAGGCUGGUGAAAUGGAUUUCGAAGAGGAUCGAUUUGCCGACGACGAAGAGCAUGAUGACCUCUUCAAUGAGGAUGAAGAUGCGAAGGAUGCCGAAAAGAGGAUCAAAGAGGACCAGCUCAAGGCGAAUGUGUUCAAUCUCAAGGACGAGAAGGAGUAUGACGCCGAAGAAAUGCGAGAGAAACGUGAGCGAGAGGCCCGACGUGUGUUGGGCAAGGGUGUGCGCAAGGCUCUGAAGAAGAGAGAACGAAACUUUGAUUACAGCAGCGGUUCGGACGUCAAUCCGUACACGGAUGAGGAGAGCUCCGACGACAGCGAAACCGAGCGGGCCAAGGAGGAGGAACGGAAGAAGGCGGAAGAAGAAAAGGCCCAGAAAGAAGCGACCUCCUCCAAGGGAACAAAUACUCCCUCCGGUCGACCCAAGCAUACAGAUGCCCUGAAGAAACCGUCCCGGAAAAGGCUUGGAUCACCCAACGCCUCCGAUGCGAGCGGCACCGACACAUCUCGAAAGAAGGUCAAAAGCAUGCAUCUUCCUACGUCCCAACCCCCGUCGCGUCCGAUCUCUCCAUCGGCUUUGCAGGGCAAGAAACGCGUGCGAAACAUUCCUGGCGGUGCUGGAUCUGGCAGUGAUGUUGACACUGUCGGAUCUGGAGCUGAAAUGACUGAGGGUGGCAAGAUCAAGAAAUUGAAACUCAACCCCUCUACUGUGGCUUCUCGUGGUGGCACCCCACAAGGGUCCCGCGCUGCCAGUCCUUUACCUCGACUCUCCGGCAGCCGUGCCAACAGCCCCGACGUCCCCAGAGGCCAUCGUGUGUCGACCCCCAUUUCUGGAAACCAGACCUUCCCGACAGCCGGGGAAAUUCACGCAGCCAUCCCAGCAUCUGGCAUCCUCAGCAGCGAUCUCUUGAAGGUGUUCCGUCCUCGUAUUGGCGAAUCCAAGGAGAACCAUCGGAGAUUCAUUGCCAUCGUCAAGGAUGUAAGUGUUUACGGAAAAGAGGAUCGUAUGCUCCGACCAGGUCCCUGGAAGGGGAACUGA